GCGGUUAAAUCAAUAACGUCGUAUUGGUGAAACCGGUUCAGUGCGAACGAAUCUGCACCCUCGAAUAGAUUGUCUGGAGCGGUUCACUACGUACCGUGCUGCAUUUAGGAAAGGAUGUGUGAGAAAAGAACGUUCGCGUUGCGGUGCGUCAUUCUGCUCGUUACGGUGACUUUGUGCCGUACGGUUCAAGGAGAUGAAUUCGAAGAAGUGUUCCGUUGGAAGCUGCUUAAAUUUAACAAAAGUGAUACCGGCGAAGAUUCCGAUGGAGUUUUGUUCCCGGAAAUGCCGGACGAUGCGCCGGAAAUGGUGACACUGAAUGAAAGCUUCGUGCCUUACCACAAUCUACCGAUGGGGGUGACACAUCACAAGGGCCGCGUGUUCAUAACCGUACCAAGACGUCGUACCGGCAUUCCGUCCACGCUGAACGUUAUCGUGCUGGAUCAGGUGCCGGAAGGUGAAAAGUCACCCAAGUUGGAUGCGUAUCCGAACUCGCUGACGAAUGAGCUAAGGAGUCCUUACCUACCGGACCCGAAAAAGCUCAUCUCCGUGUAUCGCACCCGUGUGGAUCAUUGCGAUCGUAUGUGGUUCGUCGAUACUGGCUUUCUCGAAUAUCCCGGCCAUAGAAAGCAAGUACAGCGUCCUGCACUGUGGAUCAUUGAUUUGCUGAAAGAUCGAAAGGUACGGCAGUUUGAAAUACCGGAAUCGAUCGUACCUGAAGGUCAUGGUAUGGCUAGCGUUACAGUCGACUCGUCUAGCGACGAUUGUGAUGGUGCGUUCGCAUACAUACCCGAUCUUGCCUUCUACCGGCUGUACGUGUACUCGUUCCGGGAAAACCGGAUGUGGAAGUUCCAGCAUGAGUUCCUUUCGUUCGAUCCACGAAUGACCGGGUUUGGUGUAGCGGGUGUACGGUUUCGUUGGAACGAUGGUAUCUUCUCGAUCGCUCUCGGUCCACAGCAACAGUCGACGGAGAAAGGACGACAGGUGUACUUCCAUGCCAUGGCCAGCACAUCGGAGUAUCGGACUAGUUCGAGUGUCUUGCAGAAUGAAACUAUUGCGAAAACCGGAGGAUAUGAUCAUUUGUUUACUCAUCUUGGCGAGCGUGGUAUUAAAACGCAAUCCACCAUUCACCAGUACGAUCCUCAGACUGGUGUGCUGUUCUACGCUGAAGUUAACCGCAACUCGAUCGGUUGCUGGAAUUCUGCCCACCACUUCAAUCCCGAAAAUCACGGUAUCGUUCAUCUGGACAAUAAGAACUUUAUCUACCCGUCCGAUAUGACUCUCGACAGCGACGGUGACCUGUGGGUCAUGACGAACGGAUUACCAAGGUGGUUGUACGCGUCGCUCGAUGCUGAUGACUAUAAUUUCCGUAUUUGGCGGCAAAACCCGGCAAAGGCAAUCGCAGGAACAAUCUGUGCACCCGAUGCAUAAAAGCGCGCUCGGCCAAACGCUCUCUAAACACUUACCUUUUCACUGUAUUGGUUGUGGGGUGGAUCAUCGUGUGUACCGUGCUCGGGUCAGUGAUUAACGAUCUCGCAAUCGUUUCUGAUAGAUCGCCCCAGUAUCGAUCAGAGCCUGUGCUAGGCGCAGUUCGUCAAGGUUUCUUUUACAUGAUUGAAUAAAGUUUUAUUU